UUAGUUCAGAAAACGAUCAAGACAAAUUGUUAAGGUCGCAGCAGAAAUAUCUGACUUGCCAUGAUCUGUCAGAAAUACCAAGCAGGUACACAAAGUCAACACUGCGCCCACUCUGUAUCUGCACUUGAACAACAUGUCUCUUCAUCAAAUGAAGUGCAUACAAGCUUUCAUCGACAACCGCCGAACUCCGCCAAGUUUGUGGAAGGAUCGCCAGAUUGGAACCAAACGGGCAGGUCGUAGCGACUCCAUGACUCGAGAGUGACUAAUUUUCAUGGUCCAACUCCAAGGUUUGACGGGCCAUUAUGGCGCUGAUAGGUUCGAAUGGUAGAUAGGCCGGGAUCUAAUGCAAGUGGAUUGGGGAAGAUGGAUCCCAUCGCAUCUCGGAACUUCCCCACUUCCCGUCGUCGUUACAACCGGCCCUGACGUUUUAUAUCGAUGCGGUAGCUCUGAAUACUGGUCUUUGCAACUAAGCUUUUAUCAUCCGGAAAGUUAGUCCGCAGUCAAGAUGUUCACUGCUGCAGCUGGUACUGUGCUGAGCCUGUUGGCGGGAAGAGCCAUGGCGGAGACGGUCCAUGGAGUUGUUGUCUUCACCCGUCACGGAGAUAGAACAACCAAACACUACGGCGCCCAAACCCUCACCAACCUCGGCACCACCCAAAACUUUCAAAUCGGCGGCGACUACCGCGCCCGCUACAUCGAAUCCAGCUCCCUCACCAAAUCCUCAACAUCUCCGAAUUCAACUACGGCCUCUACCCACCCCUCGCCGACCUCAACCCCUCAAUCGCAACCCAAACCCUCAACAACGGAAGCGAAUCCACCUCCCCUAAACGGCUACCAAUACAUCACCCUCCAAGGCAUCCCCCAACUCCCCGACGCAAUCUGGAUCAAAGGCGACGACAACUGCCCAGCCGUCACCCAAGCCAGCCAAUCCUUCGAAUCCAGCCCCGAAUUCACCACCAAACUCACCUCCACCCGGGAAUUCUACCAAAGCCUCUUUCCUGUCUUAAAAUCGGUAUAUGAUAUCACCUCCCCAGAAGAUCUAAGCUACGCCUCCGCCUACGACAUCUACGACCUCAUCAACGUCGCCCGGCUGCACAACUCCUCCUUUCCAUCUCCCCCCUCCCAACUCUUCCAACUCCGCACCCUGGCCGACAGCGCAGAGUUUGCAUACAAUUUCAAUGCCUCGCAGCCUGAGCGGUCGAUCCAUGCCCGGACCUUAUCGUCUGCCAUCCUGACGCAGCUGAACAAAACUGUUGCCUUGGAGGGCGCGCUCAAGUUUUCUGUUGGCGGGGAGCUACGAUGCGUUUCUUGCGUUUUUGGACUUGCCGGGCUGACGGAGGUAAGUGAGAGUUUUUAUGGUUUGCCUGAUUAUGCGUCUACGAUGGCUUUUGAGCUCUAUUCCCCUGAGACGAGGACUUCUUUCCCGGAGGAGAAGGAUCUUUGGGUGAGGUUUUGUUUAAGAAUGGGACUGCUGGGGGUUGGAUUCUUGGCCGCUGUUUGGGACCGGGAGGAGAGUCUCUCUUGGGGAGUUUACUAG